AAUCAGCAGGCGAAUCAAUGUGAAGAAAUUGAUCAGGAGAAUGUUUAUUUUAUUUUGUAAAUCGGAAAGAUGAAGAAAUUUUGAAAAGCCGAGAUGUUGGCUCCUCAAUAAGCUCUAAUUUCGGAAGUUUGAGCAUCAGCAAACUUAUGUUUCCGUUGUUACGGUAAAAAAAAAUCAUUUUUGCAUUCCAAGAUCGAAAACUACGAAGAGACCCGAUUUCUCUCUGGAAAGCUGAAUUUUUCUUGCCAAGUGUUACAUUGAGUAAAGCAUUUGCUGAGAACGAUUUGAGAGUCCCAAAGUAACGCGUUUGGUUGGAUGGAGGACGCGAAAUUCAAUCGUGUGAAAAAACGUAUUCGUGAAGCCAAGAAGAAAGCAAGACCAGAACUUACGGAAAGGAAUACUUGGGCCGAAUUGAAUUAUGCGAAAAACUUUGACCUCUCCCUUGAUGUUGUGAAAGACAACGUUCAGCGUGUUGACGCAGAUUUUUUGUCAGAAGAGGAAUUUAUUGAAAAAUUUGAAAAGCCAUCCAUUCCUGUGGUUAUAAAAAAUGUACAAAGGAACUGGAAAGCCAACGAGAAGUGGACACUCGAGCGUGUCACGAAGAAAUACCGGAAUCAGAAAUUCAAAUGCGGGGAAGAUAACAAUGGGUACAGCGUUAAGCUGAAAAUGAAAUAUUUCUCAUGGUACAUGCGCAACAAUGACGACGACAGUCCGCUGUACAUUUUCGACGGCAAUUUCGGAGAGCACGAAAAGAGAAGAAAAUUUUUGGAAGAUUACGAAGUUCCGAAAUAUUUCCGCGAUGACAUUUUCAAGUAUUCGGGGGAGAGCCGAAGACCUCCGUACCGUUGGUUUGUCAUGGGACCUGGAAGAUCUGGAACAGGGAUCCACAUAGAUCCCCUGGGUACAUCCGCGUGGAAUGCUCUCGUGAAAGGGCAUAAAAGGUGGUGUCUAUUACCGACAAAAACACCAAAGGAAAUGAUCAAAGUGGAUUCCAAGGUGGGAGGAAAACAGUGUGAUGAAGCCGUUACGUGGUUCCGGUACAUAUAUCCGAAAACUCAGGACCCCUCAUGGCCCAAGGAGUUCCCUCCUCUGGAGAUUCUUCAGAAGCCUGGCGAAACCGUGUUUGUUCCUGCCGGUUGGUGGCACGUGGUUCUUAAUCUGGAUGAAACUAUAGCAGUAACACAGAAUUUCUGUUCUGUAACGAAUUUCCCGGUCGUAUGGCAUAAAACGGUUCGAGGACGGCCAAAACUGUCGAAAAAACUUUACUUCAAGUUGAAGGAACUUCGACCUGAACUGGCAGCCAUUGCAGACAAAGUCAAUCUCGAGUCACCAACUGGUUUAGCUUCAGAUUCGUCAUCAUCUGACUCCAGUUCAAGUUCCAGCAGUUCCAGUUCCGACGAUUCAGAUACUGAAAGAGUAGAUAAAGCUAAAUCGAUUUUGAGAACCGACGGGCAACACAAAUACCAUCGCCGUAAAGGACCGUCUCUCAGCGAUAGAUCACCACCUCAGGGAAAUUUUCCAUAUUCUGCCGGUUCUCCGAGUGUAUCCACGUCUUCUUCGGACUCUUCGCCGUCGCAUUCUGUGAAUGAUUUUGAAGAUUCUGAGCCUGUUUUGAAAAGACAACGCAUUGAUCCUGCAGUCCUGAACGGCAUGAGUAAUAAGCAUUGCUGAACGCCUUUUAUUUCGAAGAACUGUGGGAUUUUCCGUGGGAAUUUGUUGCGGAGUGCAGUGAUGGCUCUGCGGAAACAUGAUUCCGGAUCACGCGCCAGCGCACUGCAUUGUAUUCAAACGACGUUUAUUCUCUUGAGAAAAUCAUCUGAUAAUUGAUUUCUCCCCCGAGACAGCCUAUGUGAUCUGUUUUGUUAGUUGAAAUGAUCAGGGAACGGAAAAACGUAAAACUCUUCACGAUUUUAGUGUGGAAGUGUAUGUAUUCGCUCCAAUAUUCUAUGGUUUACUCACUUCUUUCCUGAGUUAGCGAUGAGUACACGUGUUUACGCAGUGAUGAAGAGUGUUGUCGUUGAAUGAUCGUUCUUCGUUGUGCUUCUAGUUGAUUUAGAAGGGGAAACGAGAAAAAAACAUAUUUCUAUAAUUUUAUGUCUCGUGUCGGAAAUCAUCGUACUCGCUCGCAUUCCAUGUCUAGUGCUUCUGUUGCUGCUUCGUUGUUAAAAUACACUUGAAAGGUUGGAGUGUGUGAUGCAGUUGACAAAAAUCUCGCUUCGAGCCUCAAAAAUCCAAUGAUUACCUCUCUGGGUUAACGUUUCCAAAUCUGAAAAUAUACCUUCUUGAAGUUGUCCCCACGCAUCUGUCUGCAUUCAAAUACAGGAAGAAUAGUUGGCGUUGAAUCACUGGAGUUGAAUUUUAGUGACCUCUGUAGCAGUUCAAUCAGAUGGCCAAAAUUUUAUAGCUUUUGGUAUAUUGUUUGAAGUACGUUUCAAACGUUUUUGGACAGUGACGAGGGCAACUUCAACGAAGGAAUUACUCGACAUUGGAUUUGUAAUUAUUCUCGUCAGCAUGCAACGGACA